AUGGCAACGCAACAUCCUUCCGAAGCCAUUAUAACGGCGCCUGUCCCGGCUGAGAUGGAAAUGACCGCAGUUCCGGGUACCCUCCAGGCCUCGGCGCCGGAAGCCCUCGGCUCGGCGAAAGACUCGGAUCCGUUUCUAAUCACCUUCGCCCGGCCCUACGACGCUGAAAACCCGCUCGACUGGCCCGCGGGCCGCAAAUGGAUGGUGACCGACGUACUCUCGGCCACGGGCUUCAACCGCAUCAUGGUUUCGACCAUCAUGGCGCCCGCCCUGACCAACAUCGCGGCGGAGCUGCACAUGACCUCCACAGAGUCCGCCAUGGCCUUGUCCAUCUACCUGCUCGCCACAGCGUUCGGGCCCCUCAUCAUCGGUCCAAUGUCUGAGAUCUACGGACGGCAGGUGGUGCUACACGCAUCGAGCGUCUGGUUUCUUAUUUGGAAUGUGCUCUGCGGGUUCGCUGCCACCAAGGGAACGCUGAUUGCUGCCCGUUUCCUAGCGGGCUUCGGCGCCAGCGCCAUCUACUCCCUCGGAGGAGGGGUCUUGGGGGAUGUAUGGCGACCAGAGCAGAGGGGCCAGUCGCUGGGCGUCUAUCUGCUCAUUCCACUGCUCGGCGCAGCCGUUGGCCCCAUCAUCGGCGGCUUCAUAGCCGCCCGCACGACUUGGCGCUGGAUGUUCUGGUCUACGUCCAUCUUCCAAGCCGCCAUGAUCUUUGUCUCGUUUUUCAGCUUCCCCGAGUCAUACGGUGCUCUGGUUCUCCGCCGCCGCGCUGCACGUCUGCGCAGAGAAACCGGGGACAGUCGGUACUACACAGCAAGCCAGCGGCUUGAUGCCGGCAGGUCCACCUCGGCCGUCGUCGGACGGGCCUUAACGAGGCCUCUUCGGCUGCUACUGUUCCACCCCAUCAUCCAGGUCUCGGCCGUCCUGUCCGGGUUCAACUAUGGCAUCAUGUACGUGACUCUGUCAACGUUUUCCGAUCUGUGGAAGGGGCAAUAUGGGCAGUCUGUGGAGAUCAGCGGGCUUCAUUACAUCGCUUGCUCUCUGGGCGAGCUUAUCGGGUCGCAAGUCGGUGGGCCCAUGAUGGACCAUCUGUACAAGCGUCGGCGGCAGCCUACUCCAGAGUCUCGCGUCAUGCUCAUGUUCUUUGGGAUCGUGCCUGCGUGGAUUGGGGUGCUGGUGUAUGGUUGGACGGCCGAGUAUCGUCUGCACUGGCUCGUUGUUGACAUCGGGGUGGUUGUCAUGAUGUUCGGGAUGCAAUUGAGUGGCAUGCCGCUGACGGCGUACGUUAUCGACACGUACGGGGAACACACGAGCAGUGCUAUGGCGGCUACCCAGUUUGUCAAGAGCCUGACGGCAUUCUUGUUCCCACUGUUCGCCCCGAGCAUGUAUCGAGCACUGGGUUACGGGUGGGCAAACAGUGUCAUGGCCUUGGCGGGUGUGAUUAUCUCCUUCCCGCUUCCCGUCUUCAUCUGGACGUACGGAGCUCGGUUGAGGGCCAGGGCGACGUCGACCUACUGA